GCGGGGUGAGCGUCUUCCUCUCGAUUCGCUCGGCUUUCCUCUGCUUCGGCCUGGCCUGGCCUAGCUCGGCGCUCCGCUGCCAGGUCUGGGCUGGGCCCCCUCAUUCCGGAAGUGGGGGAGAACCGCGAUCGUAGGCAGCGUCGGGCUUCGCCCCGCCGGUUCGUCCGUCUCCGUCAUCAUGUCUACUAUGGUUUUCGGGUCGAAGAGCUUCAAGCCGAGGGCGCCGGACAAGGGCGCCUUCCCCUUGGAUCAUUUCGGAGAAUGUACGCUUUUCAAAGAAAAAUUCAUGAAGUGUCUGCGGGCAAAUAACUUUGAGAACGGAUUGUGCAGGCAGGAGUCGAAAGAAUACCUUGAAUGCCGAAUGGAGAGGGAACUGAUGGCCAAAGAGCCCCUGGAAAAACUGGGGUUUAAAGACCUAAAGGAAGAGAAACCCAAAGACCAGCCUCAGACAGUGCAACAAAACCCCUCCUGACCAUCAAUUCUGAUCCCAGAAUCUGCAGCCAUUUAUAUUGUACAUGUUCUCCUUUGCGUUUCCUCGAAAAACGUCACAGAAAUUCAGCAAAUGGUGGAUUUGAAGGCCUUCAGAAAGAGGGCGAGGUUCGUUUUCCAGCUGUUUCAGUAGUUUUGGGAUGGUUUUUCCCUUUAACAAAAAGAAAAGAAGAUUGCGAUGCCUUUGGAUAGAAUGUUUGGACUUGUGUUGACAUUAGAAAUAUUAAAAACGUACGCCAAUCAUCGGAA